AGUAGUAACCGGUGCAGACUACAGCGCUCCGGCUCCGUUGAACGUGGCUCCGCGUAUCGGAGACGGUGCAGGCGCACAAGGGGGCGGACCGGAGAGAGGAAACUUGACAGAAAACAACCGCAGUCACUCAGUUGACCUCAGAAUAACUGUUCAAUUAUUUAUCUGCGUUAACAGUUCUUUACACAGGCAACUGUGUUCGCGGCUGUGGCGAAGGCGCACCCGGAGAAGGAAUAACGCUAGCAGGAAAACGGAGGGAAAGGUGAGGUGAAGGCACGUUUAGGAAGAAGGGAGGGGGGCGACAAGUGAGCGGCCGCUGUCAGAGGUAGGACUCAGCCACAGGUAGCACUGCGUUUGCUCUCGUGGCAGAAGAUAUCAAAGUGCAGGCGGGUCAUGCGGAUUUCUCCGGUCUCUGAUCGGACCGCCGCGCCACAGCAGUAAAAGGUGGGGAAAGAGAGAAGAAGCAGAACAGCGAAGGACCACGUCGCUCCAGUGCCGCUCCGCUACACCGUCCAAGCAGGCUGCUGCUCAGAGGGAAGAGCCAUGUCCCGGAGAAAGCAGAGCAAGCCCAGGCAGAUAAAGCGUUCCCUCGGGGAUCUUGAUGGCAUAGAGGACAAUACACCAGACAACCUCAGCCUAUCGGGAGAGGAGGGCGGCGUCUCAGACCCAGAUGAUUCAGCAGAGGGCGACAGCACCAGCCCCCUGCCGUACACACCACUUUACAAUGAAGAGCCCAGGACACAGGACUCUCGAGGAGGCCCUGACGAUGAAGACGAGGACGAUGAAGAGCAAGGUCCAAUACACAGCGGCAGAAAGGAGGAAGAGGAAGGGAAGGAAGAGGAGGAGGUGUUACAGUGGAGGGGUCCAGAUGACCUUGAAUUAAGUGAAGAAAGUGGUGACAGCAGGGUGGUAGCUGCCAGGGACCUUCAUCCAGACACAGCAUGGGGCCCCUACCCAGGAGUCCUCCAAUCAGAGGCCAGCACAGAUAAUCAAGAGACAGAGAGCUCUAGGUUGACUCUGGUAUGUGAGGAUCCACACUGUUGGAUUAAUCAACUUCCCCUGACCUCUGACACCUCAGCUGCCAACUGUACCAUCUACAGCCAAGGUGUGGAGUUGUUCUGUAAGGUCACCAGAGAGCUUCUGGCUGGUGAAGGGCUCCUGGCCUCCCUGUCACUGGCCCCAGACUCAUCCUCCCCACUGGCCAUACUCUCUCCGCCACUCAGCCUCGUCACCCAGAAACAACCUGCUGUGAAAGAAGAGCCGCUGUACCCGACGGCACUGCGCUCAGACAUUCAGCUCCUCCCACAGCAAGCUGGCAUGGCCGCCAUCUUGGCUACUGCCGUUGUCAAUAAGGACAUUUUCCCAUGCAAGGACUGUGGGAUCUGGUACCGCAGUGAGAGAAACCUGCAGGCCCACCUUAUGUACUACUGCGCCAGCCGUCAGAAGCAGCCAGCAGCAGCAUCGUCUCCCCCACAAGACAAACCCAAAGAAUCCUACCCCAAUGAACGCAUCUGCCCCUUUCCACAGUGCAACAAGAGCUGCCCCAGUGCCAGCUCACUGGAAAUCCACAUGCGCACACACAGUGGUGAACGUCCAUUUGUCUGUCUCAUCUGUCUGUCAGCCUUUACCACUAAAGCAAACUGUGAGCGCCAUCUUAAGGUCCACACAGACACACUGAACGGAGUAUGUCAUGGCUGCGGCUUCGUCUCCACCACAAGGGACAUCCUGUACAGCCAUCUGGUUACCAGCCACAUGGUUUGUCAGCCUGGAUCUCGCAGUGAGGUCUACUCUCCGGGACCAGGCCAUCCCAAGCUGCCCCUGUCCACUGGUCUCAGUCCAGGAGACUCUGGUGUAGUGCUGAAGUGUCAAGUGUGUGGCCACAACUCGGACUCCCCUGCCCAGCUUCAGCAGCAUGUGCGAACCCACCUCGAGGUCAGGGUUCCAGCUGAAAGGAGCCCCACUCCUCGUCAAAUUACCCCGUCAAUAGUUGACCAGUCCCAGCUCCAACCAUCUCCACAGGAGAAGGAACCCCUAGCUUGUGUUCCUAAGCCAGACUCAUCCAGCCCGGACACAAAUGGCGGUUCUACCGCUCCUGAUGCCCCAAUCACUGACCUAAAGAUCAAAGAGGAGCCUGAUUCAGACUCAGAUUCAGAAGAGCAGCAAGUUGAGACAAAGGAGGAUGAAGAGGAGGAGGAGAAGAUUGGUGGAGAGGAGGGGGAUCAAGAAACAAGAGGGAAGAUAGAGGCACAACUUGCCACCUCUUCCUGCCAGACAUCGGACUCUCCAAAGAGUCCAGCCACCACAACUGUGAAGGCAGAACCAACUAGUCCCACCCCUGGUUCUAGCCCUGCCCAUGUGGGAGGCACAGGGUCCAUUCUUCCAGGAGGUGCAAUGUUCUUGCCUCAGUACAUGUUUAAUCCUGAGGCAGCCAUUUUGCCUCAGGCCUCGGAGAUACUGGCUAAAAUGUCAGAGAUGGUCCACAGCCGACUGAAACAAGGCCAGACAGUUCCUCAGAACAACUCAGCAGCCUUCUUUCCCUCUGGAUCAACUGCACCUACAGCCACAGCCACUGCACCUCACAAAGGAGCCACCUGCUUUGAGUGUGAUAUCACCUUCAACAAUAUCAACAACUUCUAUGCACAUAAGAGGCUAUAUUGCUCCAGUAGACACCAAGCAGAAGGUACAAUCUCAACUUCAGUCCCUGGACCCACAAGGGAUGCGCCUGCCAGUGGGAUACAUGGUUCAUCCACAUCUCCUCAGGGUGGAGCAGCAAGUAGAGCACCCUCUGCCUCUCCUACUGACUCUGACCCUCUAGCUGGUAGUGGAGCAGCAGAAUCCAGGAGAGUGGUGGAAGUGAAGACAGAAACUCCUGUGGGAAGAGAGGGUAUGUCAUCCUCUUCUGAAGGGGAAGGUGGAGGUGCAAGUGUGGGAGGAGGAGGUGGAGGAGGAAGAGCCAGCGAAGGCAGUCAGAGCCCUGCUAGUGGUUCUGCAGAGGACCUAGAAGACGAUCCCAAAAGAACUUUCUGCGAGGCCUGCAACAUCCACUUCAGCCGUCAUGAUAACUACACUGUUCACAAACGCUUUUACUGUGCAUCACGCCACGACCCGACAAACCAGCGGGCCGUGCACAUGGCCAAGGCAACCACCGUAACAGCCUUCCUUCCCCAGCCCAUCCGCACACGCAAGAGGAAGAAGAUGUAUGAGAUUCACAUGGCCAGAACUGAAGCAUUAGCUAAUGCUGCUGCUGCAGCCACUGCUGCUACUGUUGCUGCCUCUGCCCCAUCUCCCUCUGUUCUGGGUUUGGCAUUGAAGCAGGAAGGUUCUCCCAGCUUGGCAGGCAGCUCCAGCCCUGAAGGAGAUGGCCCAAUUGACCUGAGUAAAAGGCCUCGUCUAAGAGAUGUUCCACGGCAGAGCAAUAGCAAUAUUCUUCCUGCCUUGCCUCUUACAGACUACCAUAAGUGCACCGCCUGCAGCAUCAGUUUUAACAGCAUCGAGAACUACCUGGCUCAUAAAACCUACUAUUGCCCUGCCACCACCCUCCAGCCCCACACCUUGGAGCAGCUUCACAGGCUCAAGAGAUCAGCCUCUGCCUCUCCCAAGAGCAGGUCUCAGCAGGAGCGCUCAGAUCUUCUACAUCCUAUGGAGGCUAAAGCUCUCUCCGCUGAGUGGGUCACGCAGGCUCAAGGCACAUCAUCCAGUCCUCAUCCAUCUGUAUUACCUGCCUCUGAUGCUGCAUCUCCUCCUCAAACAAGCAUCAACCUUGCAGCCACCCCAGGACCUGGAGCCAAAAGCAUAGCUGCUGGUUCCCCUCAGAUGCUCUGCCCAUACUGCCCUAACAGGCCUAUCACCUGUGAUUUGAUGGAGCACUUCAAGACUGCCCAUGGCGUGGUUUUAACCAUUCAGCCACCCCAGGAGACCCUGUCCCAGCCAGGCAGUGUUGUAAGCCACAGCCCCAGCCUUAGCCCCAGCGAAGGAGCUGCUGUGACCACCUCUACAACCCCAAACAGCCAGACCAAACUGGUCUCCCGAGUUCACAGAGAUAGCAUCAAUGGGCUGUCCAGGAGUGGUACAACUUCCCCUGUUUCCCCGCUGGUAAAUGGCAGCCCUUCAUCUGGGGGUAGAUCACCUUCAGCCAGCUCACCUCUGCCUGUGUCUCCUCCAAGGACUUCGUCUUUGACUUUGUCACCUGUGCCUGAAGUCCUGAGGGAGAUGGUGGGGUCACCCCACCUCCCAGACAAGGUUGCCCCAACCACGGCCUCUCAUCCCGUCCCCACACCUCAGCCUGCCCCUGUCGCUGGCCCUAAAACCCCAGUGAUCUCCCCGGUCCAGAAUGGUAACUCCCGCUUCUGUCGGCUGUGCAACAUCAAGUUCAGCAGCCUCUCCACUUUCAUAGCUCAUAAGAAAUACUACUGCUCAUUUUUUCUGGGUUGA